GAGAGAGAGAAAAAGGGGGGACGCGAGAGCAAGCGCGAGAUCGAGGCCCUGGUCUCCGUUUUUGCGACCCCGUUUUAGGCAGCAGAUGGAAAAAGUGGGGACUUGGUGAAGAAGGGCUGUGAGGUUGCCUAAGGAUCCGGGAGCCGACGAGACCGGCUGAUUGGAAGAAAAAAGCAGCGCGAUGGAGGCGGGGGAAGUGCGAGCUCUCUGCGGGGACUGGAGCGAGUCCACGCCCGGGGCCAGCGCUGCAGAGCUGGCGUGCAUUCAACCAACGCUUCCCAGCUAAAGCAAGCCGAGGAAAGAAGAGAGGGGGGAAAAAAAGGGGGGAAGCUGGUCUCCAAAGCCUUUCCGAUCUGCAGAGUGAAAAUUGAUUUACGCCACCGUGAAGGGGGAAGAGAGGGAGUUGGAAGGGGGAGACCCAGGAGGUGUCACCCUAGGGUCCGAGAGGUGGAGGAUGAACGGAGAAGCGGAUAGUCCAACUGAUUUAGAAAUGACAGCCCCCAAAAAUCAAGACCGCUGGACUCAGGAAGACAUGCUGACCCUCUUGGAGUGCAUGAAGAACAAUUUGCCCUCCAAUGAUGGUAGCAAGUUCAAAACCACUGAAUCCCAUCUUGAUUGGGACAAAGUUGCCUUCAAGGACUUUUCCGGCGACAUGUGCAAGAUUAAGUGGAUUGAGAUCUCCAAUGAGGUGAGAAAGUUCCGAACUCUGACAGAACUGAUCAUGGAUGCUGAGGAGCAUGUGAAGAACCCCUACAAGGGCAAAAAGCUGAAGAAACAUCCUGAUUUUCCCAAGAAGCCUUUGACCCCCUACUUCCGUUUUUUCAUGGAGAAGCGAGCAAAGUAUGCAAAGCUGCAUCCAGAAAUGAGCAACUUGGAUCUUACCAAGAUACUUUCUAAAAAGUAUAAGGAACUCCCAGAAAAGAAAAAGAUGAAGUAUAUCCAGGACUUCCAGCGAGAGAAACAAGAUUUCGAGCGAAAUUUAGCAAGAUUUAGGGAAGACCACCCCGACCUCAUUCAAAAUGCCAAGAAAUCUGAUAUCCCAGAAAAGCCCAAGACCCCUCAACAGCUCUGGUAUACCCAUGAGAAGAAGAUCUAUCUGAAAGUGCGCCCUGAUGCCACCACGAAGGAAGUGAAGGAGGCGUUGGGCAAGCAAUGGUCUCAGCUCUCGGACAAAAAAAGGCUGAAAUGGAUUCAUAAGGCUCUGGAGCAGCGGAAGGAGUAUGAGGAAAUGAUGCGGGAUUAUAUACAGAAGCACCCUGAGAUGAACAUUGAGGAAGGGGCCCCUCCCCGUUCUACUCUAACAAAAGCAGAGAGACAGCUAAAAGACAAGUUUGAUGGGCGACCCACCAAACCCCCUCCAAAUAGUUACUCCCUUUACUGCGCCGAGCUGAUGGCGAACAUGAAAGAUGUCCCAAGCACAGAACGGAUGGUACUCUGCAGUCAGCAGUGGAAGCUUCUCUCUCAGAAAGAAAAGGAUGCCUACCACAAAAAGUGCGAUCAGAGAAAAAAAGAUUAUGAAAUUGAGCUCUUGCGUUUCCUGGAGAGCUUACCUGAAGAAGAACAGCAGAGGGUUCUGGGAGAAGAGAAAAUGCUGGGAGUAAACAAAAAAGGUGCUACCAGCCCUGCCUCUAAGAAGUCUUCACCAGAUGCUGCCAAGGGAGGUUCUGAGAAACCAAAACGGCCCGUUUCUGCUAUGUUUAUCUUCUCGGAGGAGAAACGCAAGCAGCUGCAGGAGGAGCGACCUGAACUGUCGGAGAAUGAACUGACCCGGCUGCUGGCACGGAUGUGGAAUGAUCUUUCAGAGAAAAAAAAGGCCAAGUACAAAGCUCGGGAGGCUGCCAUGAAAGCUCAGACAGAGAAGAAACAUAGUUCUGACAAGGAGGAUCGUGGCAAACUUCCUGAGUCACCCAAAACUGCUGAAGAGAUCUGGCAACAAAGUGUGAUUGGAGAUUAUCUUGCCCGCUUUAAGAAUGACAGGGGGAAAGCACUGAAAGCCAUGGAAGCCACCUGGAAUAACAUGGAGAAAAAGGAGAAGCUGAUGUGGAUUAAGAAAGCAGCAGAAGAUCAGAAACGAUAUGAGCGAGAACUAAGUGAGAUGAGGGCACCACCAGGCUCAACAAAUGCUUCCAAGAAGAUGAAAUUCCAGGGUGAGCCGAAGAAACCCCCAAUGAAUGGAUAUCAGAAGUUUUCUCAGGAGCUUCUUUCAAAUGGCGAACUCAAUCACCUUCCUCUGAAAGAGCGGAUGGUAGAGAUUGGGAGCCGCUGGCAGCGCAUCUCCCAGAGCCAAAAAGAACAGUAUAAGAAGUUGGCUGAAGAACAGCAGAAACAGUACAAAGUGCACCUGGAUAUGUGGCUGAAGAGUUUGUCACCACAAGAGAGAGCUGCAUACAAAGAACAUACCUCCAGUAAACGCAAGAACAUGGGGAAGAUGCGGGGCCCAAAUCCUAAAAUGAAACCUUCAGUACAGUCCAAGUCAGAAUCGGAAGAGGAGGAGGAUCAUGAUGAUGACGACGAUGAUGAUGAUGAUGAUGAAGAUGAAGAAGAAGAAGAUGACAAUGGUGAUUCCUCUGAGGAAGGAGGCGAUUCUUCAGAUUCAAGCAGUGAAGAGGAGAGUGAAGAUGGGGAUGAGAAUGAGGAAGAAGAUGACGAUGAAGAAGAAGAAGAUGACGACGACGACAAUGAAUCAGAGGGAAGCAGCAGUUCCUCAUCCUCUUCUGGAGACUCUUCAGAUUCGGACUCCAAUUGAACCAACCCCUUCCUCUGGCCACCUUUCUUGCUGUACUCUUAUUCGGUUUUGUUUUUCCGGAUAAUAGUAACAUCCGUAGCUGGAGAGCUAGGAUGGGGAGGAAAGGGGAGAAGAAAAAUCACUGUGGUUUAAUUAUUUUCCUCUCUCCACAGACCUCGCAUUGUACUUAACUUUGUGUGGUUGUAUGUGAGAGCAGUGGGGGUUGGGGUGGAAAAUAGCUGACAAACCAGCAGAGGGAUUUAUUUUUGUUUAUUUCUUUGGGGUGUGGUGGUGAUGUUGUGAGGAAUGAGUUUUAUUCUGCACUCCUCACUUUGACACACCCUAUUAAAUCUCUCUGGGGGUUUCCCCACUUUUGUGAGAGGUGAGAAGGGGUCAUUGCAAAAUCCAGACCUCUUUUAUUUUCCCUCCACAUUUCCACCUCUCCCCCACCCUAAUUCUAGCCACCAGCUUGGGACUCUGUAUAAAUCCUUUUUUAAAAAACAACAACAACACACACACACACACACACCCAACAACCUGGCAAUGAAAGACACACCCCCAUACAAGAGACAGCUCAGGAGAGAUGGGUUCCCAGAAAGCAUGAGCCAUGGAAGGUUCUGGACUUUGCCAGUGAGACCCACCUCUCCUCAAAGUGGACAAUCUUGUACAGUCUCAAAAUUUCACACCUUGGCAAAAGAGAGAGAAGGAGAACAAAAUGGCCACAGCUGCACUUAGCUAUUUCCUGUGACGAACUGGAUAUCCAGCAUUUCUUGCUAAGGGAAAUGGGGGUGGGUAUAUUUCAUGUGAGCGCAUGGCAAGGGUCAGGGGUUAGAGGAAUGGAAAAACAGGUUUGUUUUGUUUGUAUUAUGUUUUUUUUUUCAAAGGGGUAUGUCUGGCAUGUUCUGGGGAGAAGAUUUCAAGAGCUCCAAGGGGAUUUGACUUUUGUUUUGCAGGAGGUGGACUUUUUCUGUCAUUUUUCUGACCAGCAUUUGGACAAAGACAGUAAUGGCCAGACCCUUUUGGGUUGUUGUUGUUAAUAUAUCUAUUUUAUUUUUUUUUAACAAUGAAGUGACCAAUAAUUGUACCAAAAUGGGGCAUUUUGUUGACUGUCUUUGGGUGGGGCGGUUGGUUUCGGGGGAUCAUCUGUGUCAUUAGCAUUUUUUAAAAAUAAUUUUUUAUAAACCAAGUAAGAAAACCAUCUUUUUUUUACAAGUUAUCUAUCCCGUCUUUGACAUCAGAUGCUUCUUACAUCUCCUACACUCACAGAGAGUUGUGAAGUAUAGGAUCUUAGGGGUGGGGGUGGGUGGGAAGUGUAUAUAAGAGGCCUGUAGUGAAGUUUCUUUCAACAUGUCUUAGUUUUACUCAAACUGUACUUGUUCAUUGGAUUUGGGCAGAAGUUGAGUGUCAAGAAGAGGCAGAUUACAAGAAAUGUACUUGGCAUCUUCUGUUUAAAAACCAAAAAAAAAAA